AUGGCAGGCCAACCUUGCGCCGUUACGCCCAUCCCGACCGAAGACGCCUUCAACGAGCACAUCUCCUCCCUCCCGUCCUCAUCUCUUGCAGUCAUCUACUUCCAUGCACCCUGGGCCGAGCCAUGCAAACAGAUGAGCACCAUCCUCUCGACACUCGCCUCCACCUACUCGCAGACCUCGCCACCUUCGAUAUCAUUCAUAAGCCUGGACGCAGAGGAAGUGAGCGAUAUCAGCGAGCAAUACGACGUCUCGCAGGUGCCCUUAGUGGUGCUGCAGAAGGAUGGCAAGGUGGUGGAGAGUGUUACCGGCACGGAUGCGGGCAGGGUGAGGAGCGCAGUGGAGAAGCACGUUGCGACCGAGGGAGCAGGGAAGGCGAAUAAGGCAGGUCUACCACCGGCGCAGACAGUCACCAAGCCGCCACCUUCACAGAGUGCAGCGGAUUCAGCGGUGCAUACGAACGGCGACACACCUUCAACAACAGAGCAACAAUCGGAGGAGGAUCUGGACGAGCGGCUGGGCACACUUGUCAAGGCCGCGCCAGUCAUGCUGUUCAUGAAGGGCACACCGUCAGCGCCACAGUGUGGAUUCAGCAGACAGACCGUGGCUCUACUCAGAGAGAAGGGUGUACGAUAUGGAUUCUUCAAUAUCCUGGCGGAUGACGAUGUGAGGCAGGGAUUGAAGGCUUUCUCGGACUGGCCUACGUUCCCGCAGGUCUAUGUGGGUGGAGAGCUCGUUGGUGGCCUCGAUAUCUUGAAAGAAGAGUUCGAGAACGACGCUGAGUUCUUGAAGGACUAUUCAGUACAUGCGCAGAAGGCAUAG